AUGGAUAAAAAACCAUGCAAUUCAUCAUCCCAGGAUGCUGAAGUGAGAAAAGGGCCGUGGACCAUGGAAGAAGAUUUGAUUCUGAUCAACUAUAUUGCAAACCAUGGUGAAGGUGUAUGGAACUCCCUUGCCAAAUCUGCUGGUUUGAAACGUACUGGGAAGAGCUGCAGACUCCGAUGGCUAAACUAUCUCCGACCUGACGUUAGGAGAGGCAAUAUCACACCAGAGGAACAGCUCUUGAUCAUGGAACUGCAUGCCAAGUGGGGAAACAGGUGGUCAAAAAUCGCAAAGCAUUUGCCAGGACGGACCGACAAUGAAAUCAAGAACUACUGGAGAACCCGAAUCCAAAAACACAUCAAGCAAGGUGAUCAGAGCAAUUCACAGGGACAAAGCUCCGAUGGAACUGCUGAUCAGGCAAGCACGAGCCAUGUGGGAUCGAGCACCAGUACUGGUCUUGACGCAAUGGAAACCACCUACCCUUUAUGCGCCCCGACGGCGUCGUACGCUGCAACUCUGGUUCAGCCUCCUGAUCAUCCAAAUGUUUUACCCCCUGGAGAUUCGCAUCAAGAGAAUUACUGGAGCAUGGAGGAUCUCUGGUCUAUGCAGUUACUGAACGGAGAGUAA